CUUGCAAUCCGCGUUUACGAAACAGUGAGUUACAAUGAAUGCUCCUGCCUCAUUUGAACCUUUCUUAUUAGCUGAUGGGGAGAAGAAGAUCUCAUUUGAAAAAGAUACGCAAGUGCCAAAUGCUGCUAUCUUUACUCUGAACAGAGAAGAUCAUACCGUUGGGAAUAUGAUCACAUGUCAGCUUCUCAAAGACCCAAGAGUGCUAUUCGCAGGAUAUAAAGCACCUCAUCCUCUAGAGCACAAAAUAGUCAUUCGGGUGCAUACAGCUCAUCCAGCAACACCUGUAGAUGUUUUUGUAUCUGCUUUGAAAGAUCUUAUCAGUGAAAUUUCAAAUAUUGAGGAGCAGUUUAGAAUGGCGACAAAAUGACGGGAAGAACAAUUGUACAUAUUUAUUUUAUUUGUAUUUAAAGAUAUUUAAUAAAAUCCAUUUCAUAAAA